GAAUCAUGGUGGUUCACUGCAUGGGGGAAUGGAAAGCAAGAAAGGCAUCACAGCAAAAAGAAAUCCAGCAUUUCUCUUUGAUUUUAUAAACCAAGCAACCCUUUUUCCAUGUCCAUGGCACUCAGAAGACACAUGAAGAACUUUGUGAAAAAUUAUUCUGAAGCUGAGAUAAAAGUCAGAGAAGCAACUUCUAAUGAUCCUUGGGGUCCCUCCAGUUCUCUGAUGUUAGAGAUAAGUGACCUAACAUACAACAGAAUUUCUAUUUCUGAGAUUAUGAAUAUGAUAUGGCACAGAAUGAAUGAUCGCGGUAAGAACUGGAGGCAUGUGUACAAGUCUCUCACACUCUUGGAUUAUCUUCUCAAGAAUGGAUCAAAGAAAGUCAUACAGCAUUCCCAGGAGGGAUCUUACAACAUUAAGAUGUUGAUGGAUUUUCAUCAUAUAGAUGAGGCUGGAAAGGAUCAAGGUUUUUAUAUAAGGGAGAAGUCUAAGCAAGUUAUUGCCUUAUUAACAGAUGAACAACAACUGCAUAAUGAACGCGAAAUAGCACGUCGGACUAGGCAGCGCACAUCAUAUGCAAUGCUUUUCCCAAAGAAAACUUCUAGCAAAAGUUGUUUAUCAGCAAUACCUGCUUCAGAUCUCAUUUCAGAGUUCCCUCCUUCAGAAAACAUCCAAAAUUUUCCCCUUAAGGCAUUGCCUGCAGCCGAACAAAGCCAGACUGUUGAGAUGUCAGGCAAAGCAGAAAUGGCCUGUGAAAUAACAGCACCCAAUGCUGUCAAAAAGAAGUCAUCAGAGGACCUGAUUGUCUUUAGUGAGGAUGAACCUCCUACUUUUGCUGUACAAUCAGCAUUUCCUACCAGGGUCUCCAAAGAGGAAAUGACAACAGAUAAAAAAGCAGCCACCAGCAUCCUCUGGAAAGCAAAAACUGCUUUGGCCCCCUAUGAAAGAUUACCUGAACCAAAGUGUGAUUCAAGCAAGAAAUCAAAAACUUCUGUUGUCUCCAGAGUUACCCUGAAAGUUCCUCCAAAGGAGAAGACAGCUGCAAACAAAGUUACAGAGACUUUCUUUGAUCUUUGGCCAUCAUCACUUCCAGAAGAGUCUACCCCUACUGUUAACAAACAGUUUUUAGAGUCAGCCAUCAUUUGCUGUAGUAGUGAGCCUUCUGUUGAGACUCUCUACCGGUCUCCUACACUUCAAGCCUUCAAGCCUUUGGGAAACAGCACAGUAAACACCACAGAAUCAGCUCCAGCUUCUUCCACGCAGUUCUGUGGGCCUCGUACAUCUAACUUACAAAACCUUGAUUCCUCGGUACAGGGGAGCACGCAGACAGCAGGCUUAAGCAGUCAUCCCUCCCCAAGGCCAGGUGAGCCUGUGGUUUUCCUGUCAGUUUUAUUGCUUUUCAGUUCACAUUCUUGUUUUGUAGGUUAUACAAAGCUGCAGUGCUUUCAUGACAAUGCCCAGGAAGCAAGCUUUCCGUUAAAUGUUACCAUAUGA